UAGUAGUGAAGUGCUAAAAAAGUAGUAUACAGUGUAAUAGUUUAGCUAUAAUGGUUAAAAGUAAGAAUAAUCGUGAAUCAUUCAAGUUUGUUUUUGAUGAUUAAUUCCAUGUUGUGACAAAAUCCUUUGUUUUGUGCAUAUUUACCAAUGGUAUGAAAACUUGUUUUGGUUAUAUUUUCGUGCUUGUUAAUAAACGAUAAGCGAACAUGUUUAGAAGUCGUAGUUGGUUCGGUGGUGGUUUGUGGAAGCCCAAGAAUCCUCAUUCUUUGGAACACCUGAAGUACCUGUACAAUGUGUUGUCCAAGAACCAAACUGUCUCUGAGAACAACCGAGGCCUGUUGGUGGAGACUCUACGCUCCAUCGCGGAAAUACUCAUCUGGGGAGAUCAGAACGACAGCAGCGUUUUUGAUUUCUUCCUUGAGAAGAACAUGCUCUCAUUCUUCUUGAAGAUCCUGAAACAGAAAUGCGGCAGUUACGUCUGUGUCCAGCUGCUUCAAACGCUAAACAUUCUGUUUGAAAACAUCAGAAACGAAACGUCCUUGUACUAUCUGUUGAGCAACAACCACGUCAACUCCAUCAUCGUCCACAAGUUUGACUUCUCUGACGAGGAGGUGAUGGCCUACUACAUCUCCUUCCUCAAGACAUUGUCUCUCAAGCUCAACGCUCACACUGUGCACUUCUUCUACAACGAGCACACGAAUGACUUCCCACUGUACACGGAGGCCAUCAAGUUCUUCAACCAUGGAGAGAGCAUGGUGCGCAUCGCAGUGCGCACACUGACUCUCAACGUGUACCGUGUAGAGGACCGCAGCAUGCUGACGUUCAUACGAGACAAAACAGCGGCCCCGUACUUCAGCAACCUCGUCUGGUUCAUCGGCAACCAUGUGCUGGAGCUAGACACCUGCGUGAGGAACGAUGCGGAAAAAUGGAUGAUCGCGAUUCGCAAACUCGGAACUAUGACACGUAAAGAAUUUUUGUUUCAUCAGAGCCAGAACCGGUUAUCAGACCUGGUGGCGGAACACCUGGACCAUCUGCAUUACCUAAAUGACAUCCUGUGUCUCAACAUAGAGGACAUGAACCAAGUGCUGACAGACCACCUGCUCAAUAAACUGUUCAUCCCACUCUACAUAUCCUCCCUGGUCGCUCCUCAGUCUGAGGAGAGUAGACCGCGUGUCAGCAGUGUGGUGUCCUUGUUCCUGCUAUCUCAAGUGUUUGACAUCAUGCAGCUGGAGCCACUGGUCCACGUACUGGCAGACAUCAUUCUGCACGGCCAGACAGACAGUCUGUUCCUGGACACUGCCCGGACAUCACAGACCAUGAGGGGGUUUGUGGCUCCCACGAGGUCGCUGGAGGAAAGUCUAGAGGCCGCGGACAGUGUAGCCAACUCUGAUCCUCACGUGGACGAGGCCGUCAGACUUACGACUAACCUCAAUAUAACAGACGAGGAAAAGGAGAAACGCAGACUCUCGUUGGUUCAAGAGUCACCCCCAGUGUUCCUGGAAGCCAUAGGCAAGGCGUUGGACUGCUCAGAGAACGACUAUGCUGCGUUGUUUGCUCUGUGUCUGCUGUAUGCAAUCUCUCGCAAGAAAGGUGUUGGUGUCAACCUGAUAGACGGACUGCUGAUGCCUUCCAGCAACAAAGAGGCAAAGCCAAGGUACAACCAGUGGCUGGUGGACAAGCUGAUAAACAUCAUCACUCUCAGCUGUCAGCCUGGUUGUCGUGUGAGGCUGGUGACACUGGAGCUGGUGAUCUUACUGCUGCGGAGGCUUGUGGUGGAGGAUAACGUCAGCCUGUUGCUGGACGGACACCUUGCUGCGGUCGUAGGAGCGAAGGAGGAGAGUACUUCACUGCUGCGCAACUUUUACAAGAGUGAAGAUAUUUUUCUGAUCAUGUUCGAGAGUGAGUAUCAGGAGAUGAAGAAAAAGCCGCUAAAUGUAGAGAGGUUAAUGAUGGACUCUGUGAUAUUGCUGCCACCCACGGGGACACCUAUGACUGGUAUAGAGUUUACCAAGAGACUGCCUUGUGGAGAGGAGGAGAGAGCCAGACGUGCUGUCCGGGUGUUUUUACUGGUCAGGGAGCUGAGUCUGUGUCUAAGUGGAGAAACAGAGAGUCAACUACCUCUAACUGACUACUCCAGCUGUGUGCAAGUGGACAAUGUGCUUGAUCUCAACAACAGUGAUCUGAUCGCCUGUACAGUGGUGGCCCCUGACGGUUCAAAGGUACGCAGGUUCCUGGUCAUGGACAACUCCCAGUUCAUCUUGGUGGAGCCGGACUCUCGGAGGCUAGGCUGGGGUGUUGCCAAGAUGGCUGGCUUUCUGCAGGAUAUUGAGGUCCAAGGGGACAAGGAUGACUCGAGAUGUCUUCAUAUGACCAUCAAUCACUCAACCUCAGGACCUCUGGUGGCUGCGAGGUUCAUCUUUGACGACCACAUUCGAUGUUUGGCGGCAAAACAGAGACUGACAAAAGGCAGGUUAAAAGCGAGACAGAAGAAAAUGCAACAAAUCGCAAGACUGUUGGACAUCCCUAGUAAUGCUCAGCCUUCCCCCUCCCCUCCAGCCUACAACCUGCUGGCUCUGAGGCAUCAGACUGCCCAUCUCUACAGAAAUGCCUGUGCUCGUCCGCUAGCCAAUCACAGAGUAGUUGGAGAGAGGGUGAAAACAUCCAGUCCUAAAUCUGUCCGAUCCAGGGAUGGUGACAGGUCACGGAGAGGCAGUAGUGGCCCAGCGACGGGGGCACAGCCCCACAACAGCCCCACCACCUCCAGAGACGGCUCUCCCAAGCCACUCAGGCCCCGCUCAGAAGAGAUUCCUCUGGAGAACAUACCUAAGAGGGAAGGUGCAGUGUCAGUGUUGACUGAGCCUCAGACCAGUGUUGUGUCAUAGGAUGGUGACAACGUGGAGACAUCCUUCACCAGG